CCUUCCUGCGCUCCUGGGAGCCGGAGGCGGGACUCGAGGGCUCCGUCCGCGCCGCCCGCCUCUCCGGGCCCGGAGGACUCACGUGACCGAGGCGGGCUGUGGAACGGCGGGCCGCGUUGAGGCGGCGACCGCAGUCCGGGACGUAGCGGCCUGGAGAGGGACGGACCGCUUGGCCCUGUCGGACAGCCGCGGCGGAGGAGAAACAUGGCGGAGGCUUCGGCGGCCGGGGCGGACGCGGGCGCCACCGUAGCCGCGCACCGGUUUUUCUGCCACUUUUGCAAGGGCGAGGUCAGCCCUAAACUACCGGAAUAUAUUUGUCCCAGAUGUGAAUCAGGCUUUAUUGAAGAAGUGACUGAUGAUUCCAGUUUUUUAGGUGGUGGUGGCAGCCGGAUAGACAAUAGCACAUCCACACAUUUUGCAGAGCUUUGGGACCAUUUGGAUCACACGAUGUUUUUCCAAGAGUUUAGACCAUUUCUAAGUAGCAAUCCACUGGACCAAGAUAAUAGAGCCAAUGAGAGAGGUCAACAGACUCACACUGACUUCUGGGGAACCAGUCGGCCUCCCCGGCUGCCAGUGACUCGGAGGUAUAGAUCCCGAGGCAGUACUCGUCCUGACCGAUCACCAGCUAUUGAAGGAAUAAUACAACAGAUAUUUGCAGGAUUCCUUGCAAACUCUGCAAUUCCUGGAUCCCCACACCCUUUUUCCUGGAGCGGGAUGCUGCACUCCAACCCUGGGGACUAUGCCUGGGGUCAGACAGGGCUUGAUGCCAUUGUAACCCAGCAGAAUGAAGUUUUUGGACCACUUUUAGGACAACUGGAAAACACAGGACCUCCGCCAGCUGACAAGGAAAAGAUUUCAUCUCUUCCAACAGUGACAGUAACUCAGGAACAAGUCGAUAUGGGUUUAGAAUGUCCGGUAUGCAAAGAAGAUUACACAGUUAAAGAGGAAGUUCGGCAGUUACCCUGCAAUCACUUCUUUCACAGCUGUUGUAUUGUGCCAUGGUUAGAACUGCAUGACACAUGUCCUGUGUGUAGGAAGAGUUUAAACGGUGAAGACUCUACUCGACAACCCCAGAGCUCUGAGGCUUCUGCAGGCAACAGAUUCAGCAGUGACAGCCAACUACACGACCGAUGGACUUUCUGAAACUGAAGAACACAUCUGAGCCAGGGCUAUGGUGGUCUGCUUAACCAUAGCUGCAGAUUAUAUCACAACAAAAAACAAUAGAUGGAUUUAGGAGUCACAUAAGAAACCCCAACUCAUGAUAUUAAUGCAAUGAGUGUUUUUCUUCUCUAAAUUUAAAGUUAGUAUCUGCAGUUGAAAUUGUGUUUACACCAAAUGCCUCUUAUUCCUGAAUUCAGAGUGAUAAUUUUCUAAGUGUGAAAAUUAUGUGGGUUUUCCUUUCCUGAAUAGAUUCAGUUCCUUAAAGUCUAGCUAGGGGCCUGCUGCCUGUCAUGUCGCCUUGUAAUGGAUGUUCCUCCUCUUUCCCAACCUCUGCUCCACCAUUAGUGUGUUUUAUAGUAAAUACGGUGGAAUCAGAACCUGGAAGUCCUACCAAUAGAAGGUCCUUUUGUCUUAAUUGUA